UGUGUUGUGAGAUGUAUUAGUGGCAUAUAAUUGUAAAAAGACUUAACUAAAUUGAAAGAAAAACACAAUGAGCAGAGAUCACAGGAAGAUUUCGCGAUCCGUAGAAGAACGAAACAUUCUCGCGUCCACCACGCGGGUUUCGCAGAUUUCGCAGACAGACAACGAACUGAAGCUGAAGUUACAAGCGAUCGAUACUUCAUAUAAGAUAUCAAACAAACGCAUUAGGAAUGAAACUCGCGAGUUAAAGGAAAUUCUGCACGGGUUACAACGAGAACUGCAAGUAUCCAAAGGUGGAAAUCACACACAGUAUGUUCCGUCAUUGAUUGAGCAACCUCAAAGACGCCCGCGAAGGACGACAAUUGAUACAGUUCCAUCUGAAGAAAGGAGAGAUGUCGGUGAUGUCGAUGUGGCUAGGCGAAGGAGUGGAACCCAUCCUCCUAGUUCACACACGCAAUACAGCAAGAGGGCUAAAGACGAUUUAAAUGAUGGGCAAAGUGCGGAGAAAGUGUUAGAAGAACGAAAAGAAGAUAGAACGACAGAAGAACACGAGGCUAGCGUAUGGAAAAAAGAUGGCUUUCCUUCACGCACACUGAAUGAAACAGUCUUCUCGAGUCGAAUCGGCGCUGAAAACGCAUUUCCUUCGAAAUAUUCUCCCAGAGAGCAACAACGAGGCGAGCGAAAGAGGUCGACAAACGAUGCAUUUCGCGGUCGAUUUGUAACAAACACUGAUAUCAGAACCGUUGACUCGAGCAUACCAAGCUCAGACCGGAGAAUUUCACAAACACAACAAAAACCGGAGGGAGGUAGAAUUUCUAUACGAACGAAUCCGAGCAUUUUCGAAGAAUUUCCAUCGGGAAACCAAAGAGAACUCAGAAAGCGGAGUCUUCCCUGGCAGAAAAAGGGGAUCCUUAAUGUGGGAACUCGAGAAGACAGUCCGAUGGGGGUUCCCCCCGGGAGACACGACCCGCACGAUGCCGAGGUCGUAUUCGAUGCGCUCCCAGAUUAUCUCGGAGGUCGUAGAUUGAGUGUCGCUCAUGGUCGGGUACGGAAAGUAUCCCGAGGGACUGGGCUUCCCCCCCUGAGGGAAGAGAGAGUUGCUCAGAAGGAAAAGUCGGCCGAAAAUUGGAAUGAUUUGUCCAACUGUAGAUAUUUGCGCAAAGAAGACCAGGAAAUAACAAUAGACGAUAUAUUUAGAAAGGAAUAGAAACGCAACAAUUGUUUUUAUACUUGAACGUAAUUAAACUGUUUUGUUUCCCAAAAGAAAGGAAAAAAGAAAGAAAGACACAAACAAAAAGAAAACCGUCGCUGGCACUUUUUCAAGGACGAAAUUUCCCCGCUGCAAGAUGGAUCUUUUGCCGAAGCAGACAGACUGUGAAACUUUUAUACAAAAAAAAAGAGAAAAAAAUUACUAAAAACCGUCUAAGUACCUUAGUGUUUGAGUUAUUUUGGUGAUCCUGUCAUCCAUUUUAUACAUAAUGUCAAAACAAGCCGUGUGGUGUAUUUAAACAAAUGACACACAGCCGAGAAUUGCUUUUAAGUCAUGUUAACUACAAUUGAUAUUCAAACGUGUUUACAUAGAGAGAAUAAAGCACUC